AUGUUCUCCCGAUUCCACCGGCGGGCUCCGUCCACGCCCAGCUCACCACUGCCCGACCAAUUGCCCUGGGAGGCUUCACAGCACGAGAAGCACCACGGCCGGACGCAUCACGACGUGUCCCGACCCAGAUCCAGCGGCAGCGCAGGAGCUGCCACGACCAGCUCAUUCUCCUCGACUACCCCCACAUCCACAACGAUGGCCUCGCCAGCGGCAGCAGCCACGAGCCCGAACAUGCCGCACACCCUCCCUCCGAUCACGCGGGUCGCUUCAAUGGCUUCGUCGACGGACAGCGCAUUCGACGGCCGGACCUCAACGACUGCCUUCUCGGGACAACGGUCUUCUCUCGAUAUAUGGCGUCAAUCACAAAUACAACCACAUCUACCAUCAAAACCACCACCACCACCACCACCACCACCCCAGACACAGCCACCGCCACCUCCAUCCUCGCUAUCCUCGGUGUCACAGCGAGCAUCCAACCUGUCCGCUGCAGCAGCCGGCUGGCCGUCAUACUCCAUAGAACACACGAGCUCGAUAGCCGUGACACCAGGUUCGGCAUCUGGGUCGACAUCAGAGUCAGGCGACAUGUACGGCCCGUCGGAGAAACGACUGACACGAUCUAAACCGCCCCCGCCGCCAAUCAACACCGACCUCGCCUCGGCACAGCUUCUCAGCGUCUAUGCCACCGGUGCAGACAGCAGGCCGGCCAAACUGACGCCGUCCUUUGUCACACCGACUGACCUGCAGUUUUCUGCGGCAGCAGCAGCAGCAGCAGCUUCGGCCGUUCAUACGGCAAGCACAGAUGCCCACGGCAGCAGCAGCAGCAGCAGCAGCAACACACGCCCCAAAAAGGGCCUCCCGUUCCUGAUGAAAAACCCAAUGUCAUCCCUCCUCAGUAGACGACGUCCAGCUCACAACAGCGUCGAGCCGUCGUAUGCGACCGACCAUGCGGACGUUCCGGUCUACGCGCCCAUCCGAGGCACCAGAGUACACGACUUCAGCGCUCCUCGGCCACGACGUGUCAUCUCGACCGAAGCACCCCAGAGCAUGGCCGCCGCAGCCGCCGUAGCUGCAACUACGGCAGCUUCGGUGGCCAGCCCAACUCAUCCGUCUGCCCCUCUUGCUGUGAGCGACAGACCUCCAGCUAGCCGGUAUGCCAAAGACGACCACAACUAUACCGUGCAGCAGCAGCAGCAGCAGCAGCAGUCGCCGUCGCCGUCACCGGCAUUCCUCCACAGAAGCGCCUCGGCCGCUUCCUCUUCUACCAGGAUAUCGAUGGAGAGCCGCGGGUCGCUGCACCUGUCGGCCUUGCCGACGUUACAGACACUGCAGGAAAACAAGCAGGUGUCGUUUGACGAGAAGCCGGUUCUCGGGCUGCCAGGUUUGCACGUCUCGCCGCCGAAGGACGCGGCUGUCGGAUCGUUGCCCUCCCAGACGCCUUCGACUCAGUCGCGGGCAGCCUCCAACGACGCCUCCUCUCUCCUCAAGCAAUCGUCCACCUCUUCGAUAGCGACUUCCCAAUCCCAGUCUUUGUCACUGCCCGACAUAACGCCCAGCCUGACCGUUGAUCCACCACAUCAGCCUGCGCCAGCGCCAUUACCAGCGCCAGCGCCUUUACCGGUGCCAGUCUUGUCCUCGGUGCCGAGGCAUAUGAAGAGCACGUCAUCCCGGUUCAGCUUCAUGGUCGGAUCUGCGAGCGAAGAAAAGCUGCUGGAAGAACGCCAUCGAAAGAAGCAGCUGGAGAAGGAGGCAACGCUUCCCGACGAAACGGUCGCCGACAUGGAGCCACGGGACUCGAGGUUCGACGAUUUUGACGAAGACAGCUUUGACUACGACACCAUGAUGGAUGAUGGCGGACUCGAGGAGAAGAUUCCGGGAGUCAACGCGGAUGCGGAAGAGGAGGACGACUACCUGUUCGAGGAGCCCGGUUACGGCUACGAAGAGGAGGAGGUUCCGCAGACGACCAUUGACAAUUACGACGUCGAGGACGAGACGAUGCCGACCACGCUUGAAGACGACGACCCGGAAGGACUGGACCCGAACAACGACCAGGAAAACUUUGCCGGCUUUGUGUUCCAACGAUCCAACCCGACAUCGUCACUGGUCAGUCCCAUUGCUGCAGGCACGACGGCGACGCCGCGCGACACGACUGACCGAGGGACCACGCCCGACUUUCUUCUGCCUGCCGCAUCGCCAUUCUCGCCCAUGUUCCCGCAAAGCGACAUCUACGGGACCAGCCAGGAGGCUAGAGGCUACGACGAAGACGCCACGAUCACGACUUCGGACAUCAGCAUCAGCACCUUGGCGGCCGCGGACCAGCUCAGGGCAGAACAAGACUCAGGGUCGGAGUAUUCGGACGAGGAGACGGCAUCCGAGCCUGCCCACGAGACGCAGUCCGAGCAGCCAUCGAGCCAGCCGAUCCACAUCAGCAGCAUGCACUUCCAGCCGCACCAUCGCGGGGACGAUCUGUACUUUGACCAGGGCCUUGCCGAUGAGCUGGAUUUUGGCGUACCGGACCCGUCCAAUGGGCCGUUUGACGAGUCCAUCUUUGACAACAAUGACACGGACCAAUACGGCCGACCGAUCCCGGGGGCCUUUGCCAAGGCGCAGGCGCAGCGGGCGAUAGCAGUCGAAGCGGCCUCAGCCAAGCGAAACUCGGACAUCGUCUCGCCACAGCUGUCGGAACAGUCACAUGUGACGCAGUCGACAGCGCACACUUCGAUGAGCGCGGCCGGCUUCCCGAUGUCUGUGGGUGAGCUGGGCGAGCUGGGCGAGCUGGGCGAGCUGGGCGAGCUGGGACAGUCGGAGAAGAGAUUGAGCCAGCUGAACGAGAAUGGGGAUUCGCUCGUAUCUGAUGUUACUCUUCGCCGACAGCUGAUGUCGGUCGUGACCGAUGCCGACCGGGUUGCCGCUUACCAGGCCGCUCUGGCCGAGGCAGCGCACCAGGCGGCGGCGUCUGGGAAGUUUCGUCGCGACUCAUCGCCAGCUCCUGUUUCGCCCAGUCUUGGUCUUGGCCUUGGCAGUGUCGGCGUCGGGUCAGAGGAGGACGGCGGACCGGGUCUGGACAUCGACAUCGUGGACGCUGCGGCCUCAGGUCCAAUUCCGGCAGCGGCUUCGGCUUCGGGCCAGGACUUCCAACAAGACGAGGAGGAAUACAAGUAUACACAAGACAUGGACGACUAUGAGUUUGAUGACGACGCCAUCAUCGAUGCGGCCAAUGCAGAGGUGCUGGCCAACGACAGCGACGGGUUCUACGGGCAGGAGUUCAACUUCUACUCAGCGCCGCUGUACCACCACGGCUCAUCGGCAUCGGCGUCUUCGGCCAGCUCGGCGGAGUAUGCCAACGGGGGCUACUUUGUGGCGGCGGGCGUGGGCCGCAGCACGUCUGGGCGGGUGGUCUCGCGCGAGCCGAACCUGACGCCGAUCACAGAGCGGUCGGAAUACUCGAACCGGAACAGCGUGUUGUCGAUGACGAUGCCGCCACUGGGCACGAGCGCGGACCUGCGGUCGCCGGGGCUGGCUCAGCUGGCGAUGCUAGACGAUGGGGGCAACGGCAGCGAGAUGAGCAUGCAGGCGUUGCUGCGGCUGCGCACGCGAACAUUUGGUGGCGGCAGCCAGGCGAGCCUGUCGAGUCGUGAGGGCAGCCCCAAGUCCGUGGCGGGCGGCGUCAUGGUUGCGGAUCGAGAGCGGGACCGAGAGCGGGACCGAGACCGAGAGCGCGAGGGGACAUCGCCGCCGUGGGGCGUGCCAGCGUAUUCAGGUCUUGGGAUCGGCAUCGCCGGUGGCAGCAGCGGGUAUCUUCACCAGCAUGGCCGCAAGAGCUCGGCGACGGGCUUCUCUUUUCGCGGCAGCAGCGGGCUCACGUCAGAGACGGGCAGCGACAGCGGUAGUCCGACGAUGACUAACUUCGCAGUCAUCCCCAUCAUGGCGCCGUCGCCGAUCUCGCCGCCGGUAGUGUACUCGGGCAUCAGCGGGACGUGUCCGCCAGUGAAGGAGGAGAGCGACGAGACGGCGGCAACGACAACGGCAGCGACAACAGCGACAUCAACGGCAAUGUCACCGACAACAUCGGCCGCGUCGCUAUGGGACACCCGGACCGGCUCCAGCUCGCUGACCGGGUCGGGGUUGUGGAUGCGCAGUCCCACCAGCAUCGAUGCCGGACUUGCCUCGACGGGAGGACAGCUGCAGCAGCAGCAACAGCACCCGAAAGGCUACGUGAUGUCGCCGACGAUCAUGUCCGAGUGCACAUCGCCCACGUCUCCGCUGGCAUCGUUCCACCGGCCGACGGCAGGCUUGGGCCACCGACAUCGCGGUUCGGCCGACAGCAUCUCGUACACGAUGGAAGAGGACAGCGGAGAGACGGUGUGGGUGAUGGAACGACGACGGCUGGCGGAGUCGGGCGAGGUGGAGAUUCUGGAGCGCGAAGUGGUGGAGGGAGGACGGAUAUGA